AUGGCGUCCCAUCAGAUUGCUAUCGCAAAGGCCUCAUUCUCGGCGGGUCUGCUACGCCCAGACCCCACCUCUGUACCUCGGGAGGAGAUAACUGCCUUUCAUACCGUUCUCGAACGUGCGCUGUCGCAUUGCUCGGCGGAAAACAUCCAGUCACCUCAGACCUGCAAAGCAUGGUUGCUACAAUAUGUUGCUGCUUCAUCUAAUCGUGUUGGAGGAUUGGCCAAGUACCUGGUAGCGCUAGCUACCCCCUUCGAACCAGCCGCUGGGCCCCAGCCCGCUCAGCCAACCUCAGCGAAGCGCCGACAACUCCACAUACUGUAUUUGCUCAAUGAUCUGUUUCACCAUUGCAAGUACCACCUAGGCACCACUGCAACCUUCUCCACGGUGAGCGGGUCCCUGCAGCCACAUAUCGUGGAUUUGGUUGGUCAUGCCGCUAUCUACGAUCGCCAGAAGCAUCCACGGCACCACCACCGGCUGGAUGAUCUGCUUGAUAUCUGGUCCGAGCAUGGAUACUUUAAUCCCGAGCUUGUCGAGAAGCUUCGGGAAGUGGUCAUCAACUCGGCCUCCUUGGGUACCCCACCAACCACCGAUGCUGCCGGUGAAGUAGACCAAGCCAAGAAACCCGGAAAGGAUGUUCCUUUUGUGAUGCCAUCUACCCAUGGAGACUCUUCAACCCCCUUUUACGAUCUGCCUGCGGGCAACCUUAUCCCUCACAUCAUCCCGAACUCGUCCAUUCCCCUUCGACCUGAUGCUAUCAAGCCGCUACAAUUGCAGGCAGGACCUGCAGAUGGAAGCCUAGUGAAAGCUCUCAAGGGCUUCUUAUGCCAGGUGGACGAUAUUUAUGGCACGGACGACCUCAACAAGGAUGACAGGGACACGGAUAUUGAUGAGCUAGGCCAGUCAGUGCUCCGAGAUGAAAUCACAGGAGAUAUCCUGGAUGAGGGGGGUCCCAGGGACUCUCGCAGUCGAAGUCGGAGCCGCAGUAGAACACGAACUAAUACCAAGCGCCGGCGUUACAGCGACAACCUCUCCGACUUGAGGACCCCGAGUCGGUCCCCCUCGCGAUCAGUUAGGCGUCGUCGCUUUGACUCCCGGGAAAGAAGUCGCUCCCCAAGGCGCUCACGCAGCCGAGAAAGCUCAUACACACCCCGCGAACCAUCUCCUGCACAUUUCCCACUCCCUCACCAAUCCCAGUCACAUCAACAUCCCCAUCCACCUCAACACCCUUCCGCACCCAUGAACUCCUUCCCCCCUCCUCAUACGUCAAAUGGACAUGGCCAAUAUGCACACCCGCCAAUGGGACCUAAUGGCGGCUUUGUUCCCCCACCCCCACCCGCCUACAGUGCUUGGCCUCCACCUCCCCCACACAUGCCGCCCAUGCCCUAUCCCCCACCAGGUUCCGGGGCUCCUCCUUCUGCCUUCCCACCUCCUUUCAAUGCCCCUCCUGUUCACAUCCCACCAGGACAAGGUCAGCCUAUGCCUCCUGGCCAGCACCACUUCCCUCCUCCUUACUCAGGUGGUCAGCACGGUGGCCCAUGGACUCCUUCCCAAGGUGGACGAGGUUGGCGAUAA